CGAAGAAAAAGGUGAAUCACACAUCAAUCUGAGGCUUAGUUAUGAGUCAGCCAAGCAAUAAAACGAUAAAAACGAAUUCCCGUAUUUGAGAUUAAAAAGCUCUCGCAGCACAUGUUGUCAGCGUCAAUCUUCAGAACAAUGUCGUUCAGCAACAAGGUCUUCAUUGUGACGGGAUCUGCUCGCGGAGUUGGCGCCGGCAUCGCCGAAAACAUCCUCCAAAAUGGAGGCAGGGUUACCAUAAGUGAUGUGUUGAACGAAGUUGGUUUAGCCACAACUGACCGAUUGGCGAAACUUUACGGCACGGAAAAGGUGACGUUCAUCCAUUGCGAUGUCACCAACCAGCAAUCCUUUGAGAGUCUCUGGUCUGAGACUGAGAAGAUCUUCGGAUCGCCGGUCCAGGUAUUGGUCAACAACGCUGGAGUCUUCCACAACGCUGGCUGGGAGAAAUGCAUCGACAUCAAUCUCAAGGGUCUGAUGAUUGGCAACUACUUGGCCCUGGAUCGCAUGGGCAAGACCAAAGGCCACGGACUGGGUGGCCAAGUCAUCAACGUAGCCUCAUUGGCCGGAUUUGUGGCAGGCUCGGACGCUAUCUCGUCGCCCUACUUUGCUUCCAAAGCGGGCGUGAUCUCCUUAACCAAAAGUAUUGGCAAUGACCUCACCCUGAGAACCGAAGGAGUUCGGGUCAAUGCCAUUUGCAUGGGGUACACUGAUACGGGAUUGUUCAAUAAAAACAAGCAACUCAAUGACCAGAUUCUGGAAGAAGUCGGCGGCACUAAGAACCUGCUGCCCGUAUCCAGGAUCGUAGAUGCCUUUCAGGUUUUGAUGAGCAAUGGCAAAGUCAAUGGCCGAUCUCUAUGUGUUAUGGCCAAUAUCCCCAUGUGGUACUAUCCUCGCCAUGAUAGACAAGAGAUUAUCUUCUGGGCCUGUGGUGCCAAAUUGUUCAAGCGACUAAGGCCCAAUGCUAUGGUGAUGGAACCUUGGCACCAAGCAGUGUUUUUCAUCGGCUUUCAGUUAUUCCUGUUCAUCGCUCUACAAACCCUGUGGAGGAUCUUCUUUUGAGUCUUUCAAAGAGUACAUACAGACAAAACAUUUAAAAUCAUUA